GUUAAAAGGUUUUUAGAUGCCGGUCCCACCCGAACGUCAAGCCUGAUUGUGUAUAAAAGAGCGGAGGAGAUGGACUGUUGCAUUCGAAGGACUUCCCACAGCACAGGUAUUUCGUCUCCUGGGUUAUAUACACACACAGAGACCAUGAUAUUGCUUGUUACCCUUCUGUCGGUCUUCUGUGUCAUUACACAUGGAUGUCCCACCAUCCUCAGCAAGUCUGCCUGGGGGGGAAGAAGAGGGACAUGCACCACCCGUCUACGCACACCGGUCAAAAAUGUGAUCAUCCAUCAUACAGCUGGAGCAUCGUGUAGCUCGAGGCCUGCGUGUAUUGGCCAAGCCAAAGCUACACAGAACUUUCACAUCAAUACAAACCGCUGGUGUGAUGUCGGAUACAACUUCCUAGUUGGAGAAGACGGAGCUGUUUAUGAAGGUCGUGGCUGGACUAUUCAUGGAGCUCACGCCAUAAACUACAACUCUGUGUCCAUUGGAAUCAGCGUUAUGGGGACCUUUACCAAACGAGCUCCGAACGCUAACGCUCUAAACGCAAUUAAAAGUCUCAUCAGUUGCGGAGUCUCAAAAGGCUUCAUCAGAAGAGAUUAUAUCCUAAUGGGACAUCGCAAAGUGUAUAAAACAGAGUGCCCAGGAAAUGAAUUGUACAAAAUUAUCAAAACCUGGCCCAAUUUUAAGGCUUAAGGCAUACGCGCAAAUUUCCAUAAAAAAUAUUGAUUAGAUUGUAAGCUUCUGAGCAGGGCUCUCUACAUGUUGUGAAUCAGUUUAUCGCUGUUGAUUUGAGUCAUACCUCCUCUACUGUGUCAGGCUUUGCAUAAAUUGUUAGCACCAAAUAAACAAUGCUGAUCAUAAAAACUACCGAAAA